AUCAUUCCAUAAAAUGUUUUGGAACAUGCACACCAAUGAAACUAAAUUCAAAAUUUGAUCGUGAACGUCCCACUAUUAUUGUUGUCCCCUUGAAAAUGCAUCGUCGUUGUAUAAUCUGUGGCCGUGAGCCUAGUGAGCAUUUUGUCUACCCGCGCAACCUCUCAGAGGCCCGUCGCUGGCAGAGCCUGGUCAACAUGAAUUCUUUUAAUGUGGAGCCAGAGUCGUUGUGUCGCCACGGCUGCGUUUGCUCCUCCCAUUUGGACGUGGAGCAUUCGUCCAGUUCGGAUCUAGAAAAUUGCCAAAAAAGAAGCACCGGUGGCAUGCCUCCUCAAGAUUCCCGAAAUUCUAUAGAUCGACGACUCAACAUCCAAUUUUCCCCAGCGACUGAAUUAUUUGUCUCAAGCAGCAAUAUUCAGGAAAAUGCAAGCCAAGGCAAAAGAAAAGAAUGUAGGUGCGAUAAUUGCAGAGCCCGUAAAGGGAUGUCGGACAAAAAAACGCCUCCCAUAUUGCUUCAGCCCAAGGAUACCGACUCCUUGAAAGGAUACGGCAAAGGCCAGCCGGAUAACUCGGAAGAUCGAAGGAUGAAAUGUCCACCAUUAAACCGACCAUGUUGCUGUCCGUAUCCCACAAACGCAAGGGCAAUCGAGGAAAUUCAGACCCAAGCUAGAAGCAUAAUCUGCAAGUGUCCCAAUCGCGGUUCCAGCAAGGAGGAGAAACAGUCAUCGAAAUCGAACAAAGCAUUGACACCUAAAGCCUCCGCAUCGAAGCGCAGCCGGAAAGAAAACCUAUCUGUUAAAUCAAACGCAUCUCGUACGACUCAAAGGAAAUCUACACAGGAUCAGUGUUCUUGCGCCUGCGAUGAAGAGAUACCCGGCAGAGGCAACCAAAUGCCCUUCAGGGGACAGCCAACUUCAAGGAAUGUUUCACAAAAUGUUCCUCCGAGUAUAGGCCAGCAAAUGCAGAACUUUCACAACUCCCAAAGGCAAAACCAACAGCCAUUCGGUCCUCCCAAUUCCCAAGAUCCUCACAGAACAAAAAGUUGUCAAGUUUGCGUAAUCAUCCAGCCAAAGAACAAAGAUAAAACUGACAAAGAAAUUCAGGUCCCGUUCUGCAUGCAAAAUCCAAAAGUUGCAGCCAAAAACGAAUGCAGCAGCCAGACGACUGCGACUAAUUGCUAUUGCGAGCCAUGUGGACAUGCUCCAGACUCAUUGGGCUUUGGGUCCAGUUUUGCGCAGUCCAAGGGGUUUCCCGGUUACGCGGCCAGUAGGCAAAAAAACAAUGCCAUCAACGUUCUUCUAAUGCCUGGUUCCCGGAAUGAUUAUGACUCGUGCUGCUGUCCUAGUACGUUUCGUUCGUCAGCUCCGGCUCCCGAGAUCCUUGUGCAGGAGUCGGACUUGACGGAUAGCGACGAACGGGCUGUUUUCCCUCCGGUAGACUUGCCAAGCUACCGAGUGUGUCGUGCAGCAACAUCGGAUCCAAAAGAAAACGCAAAUAACGAGAAUGAAGCAUGUGCCAAUGUUUUGGUACUGGAGGAUGGAGAAAUGGAUUGUCAACCAGAAAACAAUUGCAGCUGCGAGGCACCGGAAUCGACUAGUCAGUUUGUUGAAGGACCACAACCUUCCAUUUCGAGCAAAGAAACCCACAAAGGAAUUCCUGAAAUAGGUUCAAACUGGAUGAACGCCGAGGCUACAGCGAACUUCACUAAGGUACUGGAACUGCAGAAAGCCCGCAUCAAUGAGCUGGACACUCUGCUGCAGCAGCACAACGCGUUGCAGCAGACCAUCCAGGCAAAGGUGGCCCAAUUGCAGUGCAACGAUAAUGCACUUUUCAAGGGGUGAUAAUUACUACAUAGUCCAUUAAAUAAAGUCCAUAAGCA